AGGCUUGCACUGUAUGAAAGCAAGCUGUGCUGUUUGCUUGGCCACAGAGCUUGAGGAUAGUGUCUCACUUUUAAUUCACCAGCAUAAAAAUAAUCUGUGUACUAAGACAGGGCAGGCAGUGUGAGGGCAGUUCCAUAAUUCUCCUUUGAGGAGUUGAGGGGGACCUGCUGAUGUAACUUGUUAAGAGAAUGUGUGAGUUCUCUUUAUCUGGAUUGGUUACCCGUAACCCUCCCAACAAGCAGGUGUAUGUCAAGUCCCAGCAAGUACUCCUUCACCAAGGAAAAGGAAGUUAUAGAAGUUAUAGCUGUGUUGCACCUAGAAAUUUUGUUGCUUAUGCAGGCCAGCCGUCAAUUGGUGUCAAAUAAACCAUGUAAUUUGGAAUCUAAAUGUAGCCAGCUUUAAGUUUAAUGCUAGUGCAACAAGAAAUGCAUUUCUUAUUUAGCUAAGACAAAUCCUUCAUAGAAAUUGGAAGUAUUUUUCCAAAGCAAAGAAAUAACUAAAAAAAACCCUACUAACAGCAACUGUGUGUAGUGCUGGCUUCUAGAAGAGCUCACAUGGGAGCUAUGAAGAUAAUUAGGGGGCUAAAGCUUAUGACAUGCAGGGAGAGGCUUGGAAAGCUAGUUCUGCUCAAUCUUUAGGGCAGUCAGCAACCUGCUGAGAGUACAAGAAGCAUCCAGGAUUUGCUCAGAGGUGCAGAGUGAUAAAAACAGGGGGCAAAGGACACAAGUUUUGGGAAAUUCUGGUUAGAUACUGGGUAGAAAAUCCUUACUAUGAGGAUGUGGCAACAGGUGCUUGGUAAGGCUGUGAAAUCUCCAUCCUUGAGGCGGUGAGAGCUCAAUUGGCAUUCUGGGCCAAGCUGACCCUCCUUUGAGCAGAGUUGUGGUAUAUAUGGGGCUCUAGAAGCCUUUCUAAGCUGUUGUUCCAACAAUUAUGACACAGUACAAGGUGCAUCAUGAGUUUAAAGUUCUCAUUGCAACAGCUCUCUGGUGGAUAUAUGUUUAGGAAAAGUAUGUUACUAAUGUACUUAUUGUAGGAUCCCAGGAUGCUGCUGCGAGUUGGAUACUGGAGAAUUGAAUAUAAUGACCCUUUGCUAUUAAGUUUUCACAUGUUGACUUGUCAGUGGCAUUUUCUAGGUGCCCGAGUGCAGAUUUAUGGAUUUCAGCAGUUAACAUUUUGUGUAGUGCCAAACACUUUGAAAUAGACAGGUGAUGUGCAGCCCUGUAGAGGACUUGUAUGCCAGGCAUUCUAAGCGCACAUACUGAGCCUUCAAGGAUAAUCUUGAAAUCACUAUCUCAGGAUCUGCAAGAGGUCCAAACCAUGAACUACGUUGGACAGUUAGCAGGGCAAGUGUUUGUAACUGUGAAGGAGCUCUACAAGGGACUAAACCCAGCCACGCUGUCGGGAUGUAUCGAUGUCAUUGUUGUACGUCAGCCAGAUGGAAAUCUUCAGUGUUCUCCUUUCCACGUCCGCUUUGGGAAAAUGGGAGUUCUGCGUUCCAGGGAGAAAGUGGUUGACAUAGAAAUUAAUGGAGAGGCUGUAGAUUUGCACAUGAAACUAGGAGACAAUGGAGAAGCCUUUUUUGUCCAGGAGAUGGAUAAUGAUCAGGAAGUAAUUCCUUAUCAUCUCUCUACGUCCCCCAUUCUGUCUGAGGGAACUGCUUUAAUGGAAGCUCAGCUGAAGAGGAACUCAAUUGACAGGAUAAGAAACCUGGACAACAGUGUAUCUUCACAGGUACCACCCCAAGCUCAUGGAUCCCAGCCUGGUAAUGAAACAUCUCCAGUCUGUAGCUCUGUGAAAAAGAGGAGGAAAAAGAGGAGGAAGUCUACCCACAAAAUAGACAGCUUAAAAAGAGAAGACAUUGGAGACACAUCAGAAGAUGAAGACAUGUUUCCUAUAGAGAUUAGCUCAGAGGAAGAAAAGGAACCAUUGGACAAUUCAAGGAUUCUUGUUCCAGAUGUGUUUGUUGAUGACGUAUCUGAUAUAAAGGCUCCUGCUGUUUCUACUUAUUCUCAGUCUUCAUCAUACCCUCGUUCAGAUGGGGAGUGGUCACCUAUUCAAAGCCCAUCAGGCUCACGUCCUCCUACUCCUCAAAGUGAUUCAGAAUUAGUCAGUAAACCUACAGACAGGAGUGGACUAAAGAAUCCACACAUGCACUGGGCCUGGGGAGAGCUACCACAGGCUACAAAGGCGAGUUCUUUGAUCAAAGCUAAGGAACCCAACACGAUAGAUGUAAAUCCUUCUGAAAGCACUCACUUUCGGGUCAUCCAGAGUGCUCCUAUAGAGGAGUUUAAUGGUGUGUCUCCUCUACCUGCCCUUGGACAGAGAGAUGCAGCAACUGCUGAUGAAACUGAGCCCUCGCCAGCUGAGACAAAUAAGCCAGAGACAGAAUCUGCAGGAGCAGCUGUACCAUCAUUGCCUGCCAAUGAGGAUAUAAAACAAGCUGUGGUUUGCUCAGCUCAGGCAGUUGGCAAGAUGGACUCCCCUUCCAGAAGGAAAGACAAACGAAGCCGGCAUCUUGGUGCUGAUGGUGUCUAUUUAGAUGACCUUACUGACAUGGAUCCAGAAGUUGCUGCGCUUUACUUCCCCAAAAAUGGAGAUAACAUACAAAACAGAAACACAAAUGACACAGGGCCACGAUCUGCCACUCAUUCUCCGCAGUCUUUUGGGAGCUCAGGUGCUGAUAGUGGUGUUGAAAGCACAUCAGAUGGAACCAGAGAUUUGCCCUCCAUUGCCAUUUCUCUCUGUGGAGGCCUCACGGACAACAAAGAGAUAACCAAAGAAGAAUUCUUAGAACAUGCAGUAACAUAUCAGCAGUUUGUGGACAAUCCUGCUAUCAUUGAUGACCCUAACCUUGUGGUUAAGAUUGGAAAUAAGUACUACAACUGGACAACAGCUGGUCCCCUUCUGCUGGCAAUGCAGGCAUUCCAGAAACCUUUGCCAAAGGCCACUGUGGAAUCUAUAAUGAGAGACAAGAUGCCCAAAAAAGGUGGAAGAUGGUGGUUUUCCUGGAGAGGGAGAAACAGUACUAUUAAAGAGGAAACAAAGGCAGAACAAGGUAUGAGUGGGAGUAGACUUACAGGAGAAGACUCUUCACAGAUGAGUAUGGCAAACAGGAAGUUCAGGAGCCUAACAGUUCCCAGGCUUCUUUUCACAUGCAUUAGAAUAAAAGAUGAAUCUUCUUCAAGCGAUGAAGACCCUAGAGCUGCCAAACAAAACCUUGGGUCAUUACAAGCCAACUCGAGUCAUCUCUCAUUAUUGUCUGGAAUCAGUUACAAAAAAACACUUCGACUAACUUCUGACCAGCUUAAAAGCUUAAAGCUGAAGAAUGGUCCCAAUGAUGUGACCUUUAGUGUAACAACACAAUACCAAGGUACUUGCCGCUGUGAAGGUACCAUUUACCUAUGGAAUUGGGAUGAUAAGGUUAUCAUUUCUGACAUAGAUGGAACAAUCACACGGUCAGAUACUUUAGGUCAUAUUUUGCCUACUCUUGGCAAAGAUUGGACACACCAAGGGAUUGCAAAGUUGUACCAUAAAGUGAGCCAAAAUGGAUAUAAAUUUCUGUAUUGCUCAGCACGUGCUAUUGGAAUGGCAGACAUGACCAGAGGAUACUUGCAUUGGGUCAAUGAACGUGGAACUGUGCUGCCACAGGGGCCAGUGUUGCUGAGUCCAAGCAGCUUAUUCUCAGCUUUGCACAGGGAAGUGAUAGAGAAAAAGCCAGAAAAAUUCAAAGUUCAAUGUUUGACAGACAUAAAAAACUUAUUUUAUCCCAACACAGAACCCUUUUAUGCUGCUUUUGGAAACAGACCCGCUGAUGUUUAUUCAUACAAACAAGUGGGUGUUUCUUUAAACCGAAUAUUUACAGUCAACCCCAAAGGAGAACUUAUACAAGAACACGCAAAGACAAACAUCUCAUCCUAUGUCAGACUUUGUGAAGUGGUAGACCAUAUUUUCCCUUUGCUGAAAAGAAGCCAUUCUUCAGAUUUCCCUUGUUCUGAUACCUACAGUCAGUUUACCUACUGGAGGGAACCUCUGCCACCUUUUGAAACUCAGGAUGUACAUCCAGACUCAUCUUAACUGCAUCUCCAAACUGUCAGCCUCAGAGCAAAGAAAGCGCUAGCUCACGUUGCAAGAACAUCAUUUGGCUUUUACUGUUGACAGUUCAGCUGGAAUCUGUGAUGUUGUAUUCAUUUGCAGUAAGCAAACUUAGAAAUGCUUCUUCAUACUUAGUCACAUUUCCAGAUGACAAGAGUGAGCCGUACCAGGAAUGGGAGUUACAUUCCUCACUCUUCACUCAGCAACUCAAAUCAUGCCAAGCAGUUUCAUUACUUAAAUAAAAGUGCAGUGAUGAUAGAGUUGCAGUUAGAUCUGUCAUAAGAUCAUUAAGUGGUUCUGUAUCCUUUGUGUAUCACUGAAGUUGUCUUUCAUCUCAUCAGACACCACUGUGAGUUAGGGAGUUGAAGGUACUUGCCAGUCCCGACAUCAUUUUGUGAUACAUGUUGCAGUCCGUAUGCCAGAUUCCACCCUCUGAAAGAGCAAAUGAUUGAGCAGGGGGAUUGGACCAGACGGCUUCCAGAGGAACCUGAAAUAAUUACUGAACUAGGUCCUCAGCUGUUGUAAACUGGUGUAGCCAUCAGUGCCAGUGGAGCUGUGUUCAUUUAUUCCAUCCUACUAUGUUGGUCUGAUAAUGCUUUUCUGUGUGGAAAUAAAUCAUGUGCAAUAUAAAUGGGAAGUAAAAUAAAUAAGAUGACCUGAUCCUGCUAGUCUUCUUAUUGAGAAGUACUGCACUUCAGGAAAAGCUAUUUGGAUUAAGAUGAGUGUGACGGUGUAGGAUGCAGGCUGCUGUAUGUAGUGCCCAUCUUACUGAAGUCUGUGGUUCGGCUUCAGUGAUUUUGUUUUUUCCUCAGUAAAGACAUCUUGUUCAGCACAUGUGCUGAGAUUAAAGACGUUGCUGAGCCAAGAGAAUUGAGGAUUUUGUCAAAAUGGAAUAGUUGUAUUUGAAACAUUAUUUUUGGUUAAAAUGUGAACUUUCAUACCGGUGAGUGAUGCAUCUCAGGUUUUUACUGUAUGGGUGGUUGUUGUUGGUUUUUGUAUCAUAAAGAAUGGAUACUUUUAGUGCCAUUUACUUUGUUCCAAGAGAUUGAAAUCUCCUCUUCCAUCUUUUUUUCCACUCAUUUGUUCAGACACAAUCUGUAUGUACUGUUUUUGCUAUUUGCUCUUAACUGCCUUAAGAUUUAACUAUGUGUGAUAGAAGCAAUACUGCAGAUCAGUUGAUAGUGUUUUCCAAAUGAUCUGCCUUUAUACAGUGUGGGACUUUGCUUUAAAAUGUAUGCAUCAAAUGACCAUAUGCCAAAUACUUCUUAAAUUGAACUUGUAGCUAAGAAAGUGAUGUUUUUUUUCCUCUUUUAAAGUACAUUUAAAAAUCUAAUUGUUCUCUGAAACACUAAAAAUGACGUAAUAGGAUUCUGUGUAUGUAGGAUUUCAGUAUGGCUGAAACAGUGGUUUGCAGGCUGUGGUCUCUGCCGGCUUGUGAUCUGUGAGGCUGUGGUGCACGUUUUGCAGCUGUUUUGCAGUGUUUUCAAUUAAGAGUUUAGGCCGAAUGGUCCAGGAGAAAUUUUAAGAUGUGUUUGUGGUUAGUUAGCACCCAAAGGUUUGGGAACAGCUGUUCUGUAUCACAUUUGUUCUCUUUCAACAAAUUCUGCUUUUGCAUGUCAAAAGAGUGAUAACAACAUAGUUAGGAUGGUAAUUCUAUAAAUGGGGCUUUCUAACUUUUAGUGCUGCAGACUUUAUCUGAGAUGUCAGGGGGCCAAUUUACAAUUUUCCUGUGCCUUCAAUAGUAAUUACUAAGCGCAGCCCUUUGCACAGCUGCAAUGUGCACAGCUGCAGUGGUGAGCCCUCCGUCUUCCUUUUUACGUGAACGUUGCUGGUUCAGAGCACAUCCACUUUGAAGAUACUGGAAUUAAUAGACAAACACAAAGAGGAAGAAACGUGUGUUCAAUAACCCAGACUGAUUAUGCUCUCCUUGCGAAUUUAAUGAAAAUGUAAAUUGACUGUCAGAAAACCUGUAUCACAUUUCUCAAGCCUUUAAGACAAUCAGUGAGGAUCUCAGGUUACCCAACUGAAAUGGUUGCAUCUCUAAAUAUAGCCACACUUUCUUUCAAGUUCUGUUUAUAGUUGUCACUAAUGAUUGAAUUAAUGGAUGAAUACACUGAUUCCUAUUUAAUUCAGUUUUGGCAAAAGUCUGUUUCAAUCCAUUUGUGAUGCAAAAUUAAACCAACCCAAUCCUUCUCUUCAGUAAGAAGCUGUUAAUUUUUUAUUCUUAUAUUUGCACAAAGCAACUUCCACCAUAAGAAAAAUUCCCAGAGAGAUAUCUGCAACUGAAGCUUGUGUGGUUUUUAUUUAUGACAUAAACAAUCCCAGAUAACAGUCCCUAUUUUUUAUUGCAUUGGAGUGUAUUUCAACCCAAAUGGUAGUGUGAACAAGGAGUCGUUUUAAUUCAGUCACUUUCUUAGGCAUAGAGCCACACGGUACAGGUAGGCCUGAGAUGCUGUGAAAUCCCCACCUGGAGUUUUUCUGGACUUGGUUAAGAGGGCUGGGUCUGACUUGAGCUCGUAUUGCCAAACAUCUGCUGCAGGCAUGAAGUUGGACUACAUGACCUCCAGGGGUCCCUUCUGACCAACAUUUCUAUGGUUCUGUGAUGUUAACGCCUUAUGUAUGACAUAGGGUAUAUCCCCCUUUGUAUCUGAAAGUUUAAAUAUAGCUGGAGAGCAAAACAAAUGUGUUUAUAUUAUAAGUUGUGCUUAUCAAAAUUGCUGACUCAAAAGAUAGUUAAGAAAAUCCAAGUUUUGGCCUGUUAGAAACAUUGUCAAACUUUUGAAGAGAGAAUAAGAUAUCUUGGUUUGGUAGCUGAGCAAUUUCAUGCAUAAUAUUUGAACUGCUUUGUUAAUUCAUACAGAAGAAAAAAAAAAAAAAGGAUGGUUUAACAAAUUCCUACUCUUUCUGUGAAAGAAAAAAAUCAACUUUCAGUGUAAUGCUGGUUUCUGUUACAGAAAGAAUAUCUGGUGAACAUAAAUAAGCAGGCACGUGAAAUCGCUGCAUGUUCUAUUUAUACAAUACACAUAAACUAGAACGUGCAGCAGUGAGAAGUGACUGAUGUUUAUUUUUCAUGGAGCUGAUGACUGUACUGCUCCAGCUGUGUCAUUUGAGUGACAGAAUACCACGCUUGGUGCAUUAGUUGUGUGUAAGAUAAAAUGUUACUGCUGUAAUAUAGGGUGAGAGGAAGAGGGUACUGGGUAUUUUUAUUUGUAGAUAUGGGUUAUUAUGUCACAGCCUAUUUAUAUACAGUAUUUACUCUGUAUAUGUAUGUGCUACUGCAAUGAUGAAAAUCGUUUUAACACCUCAUUUUGAUCUGCUGAAUGCAACAAUGAUAGAACUAUAUAUUGUAAUAAAC